AACAAAAAACUCAACAUCUGUUUGCCCGUGCUCGUCAUUUUUAAAGGAAGAUGCGAAUUGAAAAAAAAUUAUAUCUAAAACUGUUCCAGAUGCAGUACUUCCACUAGUGAAAGGCAAAUAAAAUCGGUUUGUCGCCCUUUUUCUGUCAUAAUGGCGAUCCGCUUACAACACCUCCACCCGCGCACUGUGGCAUACCACCAUAUCAGCUGGAUCCCAAAGCCAUGGGAUUGACGCGACCGGCCGUUUAUUCAUUCCCUUCAAGCCAGUAUGCAUACUCCAUGCUUGGUCCUGAUAUGACACCGUCGUGGCACACACCAUCUGUAUAUUCAGCAGCCUCUAGUUUUAGAAGUCCUUAUCCUUCAUCAUUACCCAUCAACACUACAUUAGCAAGACGCAUACCAUAAAAGGGGGAGGCGCGGCUUAGUGGAUCCAAAAUGUAAAUUACAAUAUAUACAUACAUAAAUAUUUAUUUAUGUACAUGUACAGUCGCUGUCAAAAUAAAAGUACCACUUCUCUAGAAAUAUUACUAUCUGUCUCCAUAAUUUUACGGUCCUGUUACUAGAAGAAUACUAUCUCAGUAGGUAACAACGUAAUCCCAAGAUCGAAGAAGAAAAACAGUAACCGCACCUGCAAUGGCCAGUCGCAUAGCACGGGAAAUAUACAAAUCUCCGUCAGAAAUGAAAAAGGAAUUAGAACUGCCGAUAUGCACUGACACAAUAUGCAGAAUACUUACAGAAUAUAAUCUAAAAGCCCAUAGUCCACGAAAAGCUCCGCUUUUGACAAAUAUGUGCCCAAACGGUUGCAGUUUGCUUAAAACCACCUUGAAUAACCAAUUGAAAAAUGACGUUUUAUUUUGUGAACAUAUGAGUCUAAAGUAGUUUUAUUUGGUGGAAAGGGUUCUUAUGUUAGAAAACUACCAAUUUCGAAAUUUUACCGCAAAGACGUUAAAUCACGAAGGUUCAGGAUCAUGAUAUGGGGAUGUUUUUCAUAUUACGGUGUUGGGCCUA